GAAACGCCCUAGUGGCAUGUCUGGUAAAUAACGGAAUUUACAAGGGCAAUUAUGUAAAAGACCAAUAACCGGCGAACAGAAUUAGGAAUCAGAACGGCGGCUGCCUGGCACAACCUGUCCACCGCCACCCAAUACAUUCCUUUUCCUUCCCAUUAGAACAAAACCAUGAUGGCUUUGAUUCAGGAGCCACUCCCCGCUAACUGUGGCUCUAAACCGCUAAUUUCUCUUUCUAUUCUUAGGGUUUUAGCUUUGCUGUUUGUUCAUUGUAAUCAUUCCUCUGUAUCUCUCUGUAUUUCUACGCGUUUGUUGCCAUUUGAGUUUUCUCCUCUUAAUCUCUCCGAUUCGGAGGGGGAGGAGGAGAAAACGAUGCGUCUCUUACCAAAAAUUGUCAGUUUCGCGGCGAUUAAUGGCUAGGGCUUUUCUGUUUGAUUCAUUAAUGGCUAUUUCGGUAGCGAUUCUUCAUGAUUGAUGGGUUUUUCAUUAGGGUUUCACCGAUAUGAGUUGCUUUUGUUGUAUUAGUUCUCACACUAAAGAUGGGAACGGAGUCGAAAUUGAUAAUGGUGUUGAAUUUGAAUCCCUGCGUUUUGGUGAGGGCUGUUCAAAGGGGAGCGCUGGUGUUCGUAGUUUCAAGUUCCGUGAACUCGCCGCAGCCACAAGAGGGUUCAAGGAAGUGGAUUUGCUUGGCGAGGGUGGGUUUGGACGCGUCUACAAAGGGCGUUUGGAAACAGGGCAGAUUGUUGCAGUUAAACAGCUUAAUCGUGAUGGGCGUCAAGGGUUUCAGGAAUUCAUUGUGGAAGUUCUUAUGUUGAGUUUGCUACACCAUCCCAAUCUUGUUACCUUGAUUGGUUACUGUAGUGAUGGAGAUGAGAGGCUUUUGGUUUAUGAGUUCAUGCCUAUGGGAAGCUUGAAUGAUAACCUUUUUGAUUUGGGUAGUGACAAAGAGCCACUGAGUUGGAAUACAAGGAUCAAGAUUGCAAUCGGUGCUGCUCGAGGCCUCGAAUAUCUCCACUGUGAAGCAAAUCCCCCGGUCAUAUACCGUGACUUGAAAUCAGCUAAUAUCUUGUUGGACAAUUACUUUAAUCCGAAGCUUUCAGAUUUCGGUCUAGCUAAACUAGGACCAGUCGGUGACAAUACUCACGUUUCAACUAGAGUCAUGGGAACACAUGGCUAUUGUGCUCCAGAGUAUGCCAUGAGUGGUAAAUUAACCCUCAAAUCCGAUAUUUACAGCUUCGGCGUGGUUCUGCUCGAGCUUAUUACAGGUCGUAAGGCAAUUGAUACUACAAGGAGAACAGGGGAGCAGAGCCUAGUUUCUUGGUCUCAUCCUUUCCUGAAGGACCGAAGAAAGUUCGGGCAAUUAGUCGAUCCCCUAUUGGAAGGACGUUUCCCUCUUCGUUGUUUACAACAAGCAGUUGCAGUUACUGCAAUGUGUCUUCAGGAACAACCAUCAUUUCGCCCUCAUAUUGGUGAAAUUAUUGUAGCACUCGAAUACUUGGCCUCUCGAACUUAUUUACAAGAACUACACAUUGGUAGGACAAAACAUUCCUCGCUACAACCAUCACUUCCACAACAGAAUGGAUACACCAAUGGCGAGCUAUCGAAUCCGUGAAACGACUAAACAUCUGUUUGGAGAUUGCUGUAUACAAGUCGCCGAACAAGCCAUGAGGAGAUGUUUACACCUACGUCAGCCGAAAGCAGCUUGUCGAAAGACACAUAUCAAUUCAUUUCAGCGUGUGGACCACGAAGCUACUCGGGAUGUUCCAAGGUACGUAUCAGGUGCGUAAUACUCGUAAAUGGUAUCUGUAUGCUGUUUGUAAGAGGAUCCCUGAAUUCUUUUUUUAAUACAAUACUCAUUUAUAUAAAAUGAAAAAUACAUUAUGAAUAGUACAAACGUUUCUCU